UUCUAAUUCUACCCACAAAACUAUAAUGCAGAAGAUAUUUCUAUUUUCUACCCAGAAGUGAUCGAUCCAUGGUAAUCAUUCGUAGCAGCUAAAAUAUAUUUAUAUAGUGAUUCCUCGUGUUUUUUUUUUUUUUUAAUGUUUUUUGAGAACACAAAAAUUCAUAGAGGAAUGAAACAAGAACCAGAGACUUUUAAGCCCUUUUGUUCUGAUGAUGAUAAGGAGAAGCACUACAUAGGGGUUCGGAAGCGGCCAUGGGGGAAAUACGCGGCGGAGAUAAGGGACACGACGAGGAACGGAGCUAGGGUUUGGCUGGGAACGUUUAGCAGUGCGGAGGAGGCGGCUUUGGCUUACGAUCAAGCGGCGCUGUUGAUGCGUGGCCCCUCAUCUUGCCUCAAUUUUCCGGUUGAGAGAGUCCGCGCCUCAAUUCGAGAACUCAAGCUGUUCUGCGGCGGCGAAGGGCCGUCGUCUCCGGCGGAGGCGUUGAAGGAGAAGCACAAGAAGAGAUGUGGGAAAGGUAAAAGCAAAGGAUCGUCUGUAGUUAAUAAGCAAUCUUGUGGUGAAGGAAAUAAUAAUGUAGUGUUUGUGUUUGAAGACUUGGGAUCUGAUCUCUUAGAUCAGCUCUUAUCUCAGACUUCUGCUUCUUCUUCUUCUUCUUCACUCAGCUCUCACACAGAAACUUCCAAUUCCAUUCAAUUCUCUACCUUCUUUAAUCUUCCUUCUUCUCAUUAUUUCCCAGCUACUACGCCUCUCAGAUCAGAAGAAUGAACCUAAGAUUAAACUUCAAUUCAAUUCUUCAUGUUUAAUUUC